UUUAACUCCUCCCACAGGGCCCACAAUCAUUUCCUGUGCACUGGAUGCUGAUUGGUCCAGAGGUCGGAAGUGAGGGCGGGCGGUGGGGCCGUUGCCGCAGUGACAGUGCUGGGGGAGUCCGAAGAUGGCGGCGUCGCGUCGCUCUCAGCAUCAUCACCACCAUCAUCAGCAACAGCUCCAGCCCGCCCCAGGGGCUUCGGCGCCUCCGCCACCACCUCCCCCCCCCCUCAGUCCCGGCCUGGCCCCGGGGACCACCCCAGCCUCCCCCACGGCCGGCGGCCUGGUCCCCUUCGCCUCCCCGCGGCACGGCCUAGCGCUGCCGGAGGGGGAUGGCAGUCGGGAUCCACCCGACAGGCCCCGAUCCCCGGACCCGGUUGACAGUACCAGCUGUUGCAGUACCACCAGCACAAUCUGUACGGUCACUGCCGCCACCGUGGUCCCGGCGACUUCCGCUUCAUCUGGCGUCGGGGUCGCUCCCAACCCAGCCGGCGGUGGCAGUAACAAUUCACCGUCGUCCUCUUCUUCCCCGAUUUCCUCCUCAUCAUCUUCUCCAUCCUCCCCCGGAUCGAGCUUGGCUGAGAGUCCCGAGGCGGCUGGAGUUAGUACCACAACUUUGGGGCCUGGGACGGCGGGACCCGGGACAGGGGUCCCAGCAGUGAGCGGGGCUCUACGCGAACUGCUGGAGGCCUGUCGUAAUGGGGACGUGUCCCGGGUAAAGAGGCUGGUGGACGCCGCAAACGUAAAUGCAAAGGACAUGGCUGGCCGGAAGUCUUCUCCCUUGCACUUCGCGGCAGGUUUUGGAAGAAAGGAUGUUGUAGAACACUUACUGCAGAUGGGUGCUAAUGUCCAUGCUCGUGAUGAUGGAGGUCUCAUUCCGCUUCAUAAUGCCUGUUCUUUUGGCCAUGCUGAGGUUGUGAGUCUGCUACUGUGCCAAGGGGCAGAUCCAAAUGCCAGGGAUAACUGGAACUAUACACCUCUGCAUGAGGCUGCUAUUAAAGGGAAAAUUGAUGUCUGUAUUGUGCUGCUGCAGCACGGAGCUGAUCCAAACAUUCGGAACACUGAUGGGAAAUCAGCCCUGGACUUGGCAGAUCCUUCAGCAAAAGCUGUCCUCACAGGUAAGAAAGCAGAGAGAGAGCUACCAAAUUAUUUUAUCUGUGGAAUUACAAGCUUGAUUUUUAUAAAAUUCACAUGCACUGAAUAUUUUUCACAACUGUAGCUAAAAAAUAUA